AUUAGUUUGCGGAGAUUCUUUGCUUCGUAAAUUCCCGUCUUCAAAUAGUUCUUUCUUCUUCUCUCUUUUUCUCUCUCUCGUUCCUUAUUUUUCCCCUUACUCAACACAUCCAUCUCACUUGUGCCGUGGUCUCUUUUCGUUUUGUUGAGAGAUUUGCAGUGCGAACAAGAGAAUUAGAAGCGAGAGUAUAAGCACGUUAGGAGGACUUCUAGGGUUUGAUUCUGUACGAGAUAGAUGGAUUCGAAGCUUACGGAGGUUUCUCAGCUGUUCGAGAGAUUAAAAGCAGCUUUUAUAAGGAAUGACUUCGAUACUUGCACAAAGCUCCUCUCGCAACUCAAGGUCUUAUUGACAGAAUUUAGAAGCCUUCCCCCUUUGUUUGAAGAAUCACCUAAUGCUGUUCAAGAAUUGACGAUUGCAAGGGAUAUAUAUGAGCAUGCAGUUGUUCUUAGUGUGAAGAUAGAAGAUCAAGAUGCCUUCGAGAGGGACUUCUUUCAGUUGAAGCCUUAUUAUACAGAUGCAAGUAACCGCCUCUCAUCAUCUCCUCAAGAGUACCCAAUCUUAGGCCUUAACCUUCUGAGGCUCCUUGUACAAAAUAGAAUAGCAGAAUUCCAUACUGAAUUAGAGCUGAUAUCAACGACUGCUCUUGAGAACCCCUGCAUCAAGCAUGCUGUGGAAUUGGAACAAUCAUUCAUGGAGGGAGCUUACAACCGUGUAUUGGAUGCCAGGAAAAUGGUGCCACAUGAGACCUACUUCUAUUUCAUGGAUCUUCUGGCAAAGACAGUUAGAGAUGAAAUAGCUGGCUGUAGUGAAAAAGCAUAUGAUCAUCUUUCAAUUGAUGAUGCCAGACAAAUGUUAAUGUUUUCUUCUGAACAAGAAUUGUUGGAGUACAUUACAGAGGAGCAUCCUGAAUGGGAGGUAAAGAACGGGUCCGUGUUUUUCCAGAAGGCAAAAGAGUCUGCACCUUGCAAAGAGAUACCAUCAUUGCAACUCAUCAAUCAGACCCUCAGUUAUGCAAGGGAGUUGGAGCGGAUUGUUUAAAAACUUGCUUUUCAAUCUUAAAUUAUACUCCAUCUUUAGCUUGGCAAAAAGUUUUUUUUUUUUCCUACCCCCAUUUAUUCCAUCUAGUCCAGACUCCAGAGUUGAAGAUGCAUCAUUACUUGUUAAUUUCGGUGAUCUUUUGUUAGCGGCAUUGUGGACUUUGGUUCUUCAUCGUUUGCUGUGCUCAUGUGUGGUGGUUUCUAUUAAUCUCUUCACUUAACGGUA